AUGGCCUCCACCACAUUAAAACUAUGCUAUCGGUAUAGUCCGUAUAUACUGUUAUGGCUCUUCUUUCUGAUUUUUCAAGUGAUCCUCUUUGGCCGGCCUUCAGAGAAAGAGCCAUCAAGACAUGAUACCCCGGCUGCAGCUGAUACCACUAAUACUGGAACCAAUGACAUGCGGUAUCUCAAGGAUAAUGCUGAUCCUAACAACAACAACAACAACAACCUGACACGACCAAAGUCAGCAGACGCCCGGUUCAACAAUGUAGAUGUCUACUACCAAGAGGCUUCCACUCUUAAGACUCUGCCAGUGUCAGAUUACCAUUGCGUGGGAAGAACCACAGCAUCAAUCAAUAAUAAGCAGGAACAAGCACUCUACGAAACCAACUACUCCUGGAUGUUUCGAUCCUGCCAUUUUCAAAACCUAUGUCUGGAUACCCAAACGAAGGAGUUUCUUCUCAUUGACGACUCCACUGAUACUACGAAUGAGACUAUUACCACGCCACCACAAGCAGUGGCCAUGGGAUCCAUCAAUCCUCGUUGGAGUGGACGAGGAUACAACAAGGGAUUUCACAAAGUCAAAUGGUCCCCCACCAAAAUCACCACGGCCCAAAUGCGACAAGCGUACAAGGGAUACUAUGCAUUACCCGACCAUGUCGUUCUCAUUCCCUUUCAUUCCAUGGCCGCACACAAUGUCGGACAUUUGAUUUGGGAUGACUUUUAUCCCAUUUUUACAGUCCUGCAACUCUUUGGAUUGCUGUCCAACAAUACUACUAAUAUAAGGCAAAAAAUCUUGCCCAUUCGAUGGAUAGUUCCCGACGACAAUAAUAAUAACAAGAAUCAGCUCUAUGCCACUUGCGAAAUGCAAAAGAAAAAGAGUCGACAAUGUCAGGAAAACUAUCAACGCUUUCUCCAGCCACUUCUGGGAGUCGAUCCCCAAACAUUUUCCACCACCAAGAAUCUGCAAUUGCAGCCAGUCGACAACGGUAUGCUCUUGCAGUCCUCCCUGGUCUGCGCCAAACAUGCCGUAGCAGGGAUUGGAAUGCUGUCGGAUCAUGGAUUGAGAGAUCAUGGCUGGCUACUGGGAGAUCCCCAAGCAGUACCUCACAACAUUGGUCGAGGCUCCGUCUUUCGGGACUUUCGCGAUUUCAUGGUUCGCAACGUCCUCCAACAGACUCCACCACAACAAUCUGCCACCUCAAACAACAACAACAACAACAACGACGACGACGACCCAGCCAAUAAUAAUAACGACAACAACAAGAAUACUGACUCGAUCAACAGCCACAAACCACGCAAAAUUACCUUUUCCACGCACUCGUCAAAAGGGUUCGAACGAAGUCUGGGAUUUGAAAAUCAAACGGCGGCUGUCCAACGAGCACUCCUACAUCAUGUAUCAGCCAAUCAUACUGCUAGUAAUGAGAUUGUGGUUCAGAAUUUCACCAUGAGAGACUUGACUAUUGAAGAGCAGGUACAAGUGGCAUUGGAGUCGGCCAUUUUCGUCACAGUGUCGGGAGGAGGGGCCGUCACGGCCACCUUUUUGCCACCGGGAUCCACCUUGAUUGUAUACUACCUGGAAGACGGUGGAUUCGACUAUUGGAAUACCAGCUACACGUAUACACCGGCACGGCUCGAUUGGGAUUUGCUCAACACUGCGGCUCACUUCCGAGUGCACUGGUUGCCCAUGAAAACCAUGAAUCAGCCAGGAGACGUGAAACUCUUGGAGCAAUUGGUCAUGCAUGAACUAGAGAUUAUGGGGCUUUUGGGACAAUGA